AUGUCAGGCCUUUGUAGCUUCCUCUGGCUGUGUGUGCCGGUUGGGUGGGGAGCUCAUGUUCAUGUGCGCCGAGAGGGCGCGGCCCACUGCAAGCCACUCUGCGAGCCUCAUUGCCCGCAAUCCUCACGCACUGGACAGCCCUGCUUGCCCGUGGCUGCGUCGUGGCCGUACAAGACACAGAGGACAUGGUCUACGGACCUAGGUGAGCGGAUCGUAAGAUCAGCCACCCCCUCGCCGAAAGUCAACGAGGAUGCCUGCGAGGGCUUCAAGCUGUUCGGAGACUCCGCUUGGUGUCUGGCUGCCUUCGCCCCCGAAGGAAGGGGCCUUCAAGGCCUAGGCCUCUCCUUCGGCAUCGAGGAGAGGGACCUCUGGAGCGAAACCAUGAGCAAUUUCUUCCACAUGCCCACGAAGCUCUACGAUUGCUUUCAGGAUCCCAAGAAGUCGCCGCCACUCUCCAUGACGGCGCCGAAUGCUGCCGGCCCUUGUCGUGGGAAGCAGUCCCACUGCUACGAGACGCCGUACCAAGCCUUCCGCACCUGCCUGGGGCCGGACAGCGGCGUGCUGGAGGGGCGGAACUACACCACCCUCUCUGAGCUGCUGCAAGGGCAGGCUCCUCUUUCGACUCACGUGAAGAUGGACGUGGAAGGCUCGGAGUGGUCGGUGCUGGAGGCUCUGCUGGCCAACGCUGCCGACCUGGCGAAGAUUCGGAGCCUCGACAUGGAGGUCCACUUCGGCUUCGCCGCGGCUUCGGAGGCUCAACGGCGCCAGAAGAACCCGGAGGAGGCCUUGCGACGAGAGGUCUCGAUCUUCGAGAAGCUGGCCAGGAGCUUCCUCGCGGUGGGCAGCAACGUGGAGACCAACGCGGAAGGCUGGGAUCCUGGCGCGUCCUGCUCGAUGGCGCUUUGUGACGAGCCUCUGGUGCAUACCCGGGGGGGCUUUCCAGUGAAUCAGUUUGCCGUGAGCUUCGUGAAUCCGGCGUUGCUCCAGAAAGCACCAAAGCUGGCGCUGGAAGUGGCGGCCCAUGGGAUUGAAGGCCCGAUGUGA